GCGUGUCCUCUCACAGGAAGGCGUGUGUGACAUUUGCUGCUAGAAGCUAGCAGCCGGAUAAAGAUGAUCAGUGGAAGGGAAUAGGAGAUACUUUUUCUUGCGGCGCUGGAGCUGACUUUUGGGGUGCACUUUAUUGAACUUUUCACGCUACAGUCUUCAGUUUGCGUGACGUGUAGAGUUUAGUAAAACUUUAACUCGUUUUAUUUGUGGAGGGAGGGCUAAAAGGCUUUUCAUAACUUGUACAGUAAAGUGCGCUGAGUUCCGGUUGAGGUCGUUUCAGCCUCGUGCAGCCGUUGACUCUGUAACUUUCCGUUUUGUUUCGAUGUGUUGCUGUUUGAGUUCGCGCCUGCUGACUUGGCGAACUGCGCUCCUUUGCUCACAAGGUUAAAUUUAGCUUUAGCGAACUAGCUGCUCCACUCAUGCCCCGCCGCUGCAGCUCUCCCACUUUCUUAUGCUGACUCUUCGGGGCAGGUGUGGCGUAAGUAGGCCAGGUGUGUUGUGGGAUAGAUAGUUUGGCGUGUCUCGCUAAGUCCAGCGGUGGGUUUCAGGCAUAUAUCUGUGCGAGCGGAACCAUGCUGCUCUCUCUGGUGGUGCACACCUACUCGCUCCGGUACUGGUUCCCAGCCACGAUCAUGCUGGGAACAGCCCCAGCUUACCUGCUGUCAUGGGGCGUUUGGCGCAUGCUUUCAACUGUAUUACCAGCAAGUAUUUAUCACAAGAUAGACGACCGGAUAUACUGCAUCUACCAGAGCAUGGUCCUGUUUUUCUUUGAGAACUACACAGGAGUGGAGAUUGUCAUAUAUGGGGAUAUACCAAAGAAGAAGGAAAAUGUCGUUUACCUGUCAAAUCAUCAGUGUACAGUUGAUUGGAUCAUCGCUGACAUGCUCGCCAUCAGACAGAGCGCUCUGGGUCACGUGAGAUAUGUCCUCAAAGAUGGACUCAAGUGGCUCCCGCUUUAUGGAUGGUAUUUCUCUCAGCAUGGGGGAAUCUAUGUGAAACGAAGUGCAAAGUUUAAUGAAACGGCCAUGAGAAAGAAGCUUCUCAACCAGACGCAAACAGGAACUCCAAUGUACCUUGUCAUUUUCCCAGAAGGAACUCGGUAUAAUCCUGAGAUCAAGAGCGUCAUUGCUGACAGUCAGGCUUUCGCUAAAAAACAAGGACUGGCCGUUCUUAAGCACACGCUUACUCCAAGGAUGAAGGCCGCUCAUGUUGCCAUCGAGACCAUGAGAGACCACCUGGACGCCGUGUAUGACGUCACUGUGGCCUAUGAAGGAACGCUGGAUGGCUCCAGUCGGAGAAGAUCUGCUCCCUCCAUGCCAGAAUUCCUCUGCAAAGAAUGCCCCCGUGUGCACAUACACUUUGACCGCGUGGACAUAAAUGAAAUCCCUCCAGAGCCCGAGUUUUUCCGCAGAUGGCUGCACGAGCGCUUUGAGAUCAAAGACCGGCUUCUGACAGACUUCUACGAGUCUCAGAAUUUGGAGAAGAAGACCAGGUUCCCCAGGGAGGCAAAAGCGUCUCCACUGAGGCUCUACAGGACCCUCCCGUCAGUGAUGAUCCUGGGAGGACUGACACUGCCACUGCUGCUGACGGAGAACGGCAGGAAACUCUACGUGCGGACCUGGGUUUGCGGGACGCUGCUGGGUUGGGUGUGGGUGAAUCUCUCCCUUUAGCAAACAGGGUGGGGACGUCGCAACGACAUGCAAAGAAAAACGUGAAGACGGGUGCCAUUUACCGUAUCCCAGCAACAUGGGGGCGUGUUCCAAGUGCAGAGCAACAAUCUCAGUUUUUGACCUUCCAACCGUCACCAGAAGAUGUAAAAACAAAUGUAAGAGUUUUAGCAGCUUUGAUUUUUGGAUUUGCAACCUAAAGUAAAGAGGAAAAACAAAGAGAGUAGAUUUGUGAAUAGAUAUUAUGGUUCUAAAAAAUUGAGCUAAAUGACAAAAUUAAAGAAAACAGAAGUUUUUAAAAUCAUAUACCAUCAUUUGGUUUAUCUAAAUUGCUAUUUCUGCAUGCAGUUGUCCCCCAAUUUUUUUUUUAUUAAAGCUUUCAUUUUUUCUAAUGCCAAGUGUACUGUGUUUUAAGAAAAAAACACAUAAUUGAUCUCAAGUGCGCUGAAAACAGUUGUAAUGUUUUUUUUAUGCCAAUUCCCAUAUCAGGAAAUUUAUGCACUUUUCUCAUGUAAAGUUCUAUUUUUACACUGGUAGAACAAAACAAGGCAAAAAGUAGCUCAUGACCCUGACACCAGCUGCAUUAACCACCACAGACAUUCAUGUAAAUGUGUUUGCUUUGACUGAAUGUAGCCGUUCAAACAGGAUUCUUUAUGCUUCAAAAUAAAAGCGUCCUCCGUUGGCCAUCGUUUCAGCAGAAGUCUGAACUCAAACUGAAAGAAUGUGUGUAAAAACAGUGUUCUACCAUUGUAAAAUAUUACUUGAACCUUUAAAUGUUGGUCAUUGCCAAAAGCUGGUGUGUCUGCCACAGUGUUGUUCUGAUCGUCUCUUUGUGUUUAAGCAAUAGCCAUCAUAUUUCUCACCCCGGGGAGCAAGAAACAAGCGUAUUAUCUUUUUUUUUUUUCCUUAUACAUUUUCAACUUGUGUUGCUUUAAAAUUAUUUUACAGCUCAGAUAGAGGUUUAUAUCCUACAAAAUGCUUACAAAGCCAUGUUAACAGUAUAUCACCUGUGCACUCAAAGCCAUUUGUAUUAUAACAUCACUGUAUUGUGAAAUGCACCAUUGUUUACACAAAAAUAAUCCCUGUGUUUUCUGUAUUUUAGUCUCUUGGUUCUUUAGGUCUACAAUUUUUCUUUUUUCUUUAUGUUGAUGGUACCAUAAUGUCAUAAUUUUUACAUCACUCCAAUACCUCACAUGAGUAAUCCUCCCUUGAUAAAUGACCUUUGUCAUCCAUUUUAUAGUCAUUUUUAUUCAGAUAAGACCAGACUCUUCAGGAGAAUCUGUAGAAGGCAUUUAAACUUCAACUGUUUCUGGAAAUGUGUGCCUUCUCUUUUGGGGGGCCACAAUGGCUCUUCCUCUGCAGGUGACUGCAUUCUGGCUCUCUUUUUUCUGAGCUGCAACAUGUAGUCGUCUUGUCUACGGCCCACAGUGGCUUAUUUUGCUCUAAGAAUGCUUUGAGUUAAUCCUUUUGGGACUGUUAUUAAAAUUAUGAAAGCUAUCAUGUUGGGAGUGGAGAUGAAUUACAAUAAAAGUUUUUUUUUUCUUCUU